CUCUAGUCUGGUUUUGGUCGUCACAUAAAAUCCCAGCUUAGAGCUCAGCUUAGUGCAGGUCUCGGUGCAUGUACACUGCCUAGACUAGACAGUAGUAGCAUAGAUAGCAGAGGUACAGGCUAUGGAUCACAAGGUAAAGCACACUGGAGGCUGUCAUUGUGGAGCAGUUAGAUUUGAGGUGUGGGCUCCAGAAAUACUGGAUGCUAUCAUUUGCAACUGCAGCAUCUGCGUAAAAAAGCAAAACACACAUUUCAUUGUUCCAUUAAAAGAUUUUACACUACUGAAGGGUGAAGAAAAAAUAGCUACCUAUACCUUCAACACCCAUCAUGCCAAGCACACAUUCUGCAGUGUGUGUGGAGUGCAGAGCUUCUACACACCACGUUCGAACCCAGAUGGCAGAGGAGUUGCUCCUCACUGCUUAGACUCUGGCACUGUUAAUAGUGUGCGUACAACAACAUUCGAUGGAGUGAAUUGGGAAAAAUGUAUGGAAAGCGACCCCUCCAUUAGAGAACGCUCAAAGCCAUAGCGCUUUAUGUAUUAUUAUGACAUUGUGGUCGUGUAUUGCCUUUAUAAUUCAUAAUUCAUAA